GAUGCGGGGGCCGGCCGCUCACCUUACCGUAGCGAUGCGCUAAAAAUAUGGUGAAGUCACUGUCCUUCGAAGCUUCCUUUCAUCCAAACCUCACGAGACAUGUCAUGCUACAAUUUUGGAGCCAUCUAUGUGUUUUUGGAUCACAAGAACUGAAGAUACAGCUCAAAAAUUAUGGGAAAUCCCAGGGUAAUUUACUGGUUUCGAACCGACCUCCGUCUCCACGAUUCUCCGGCCCUGGAAGCUGCUUUGGACCUCAACCCUGAGGCUUUCUGGCCGAUAUGGACCUGGGAUCCCCAGUAUGUAUACAGGGCUAGAGUUGGUACCAAUAGAUGGCAAUUCCUUCUCGACUGCCAGAAUGACCUCUCCAAAUCCAUAACGAAACGAAACAAGAAAUCAAAGUUGUUUCUGAUGCGAGAAGCUCCCCAAACUUUAUUUCCAAAGCUCUUUAAAGUUUGGGAGAUCACGCAUUUGGUAUUCGAAAAAGAUACGGAUGCUUAUGCAAGGGAUAGAGAUGCAACAGUUAAGAAGGCAGCUGAGGAAGCUGGUGUAGAGGUCAUCAUCAAGUCCGGCCGCACACUAUGGGACAGCGAUGCGCUGGUCAAGAAAAAUCAUGAAAAACCAACAAUGAGCAUCAGUCAGGUACAAUCAGCAGGGCCAAAGAUUGGGAGAAUCCCAAGACCAAUCCCUGCCCCGGAAUCAAUACCCGAUCCAGGAGAAAUAAAGCUGGAUUUUGAGCAGCAACAACCAGAAUCGGACCCAGAUUUCAAUAAUGACUCUAGAAGUCAUGGCGAUAAGUCUUACGAGAGAAUAUCUGGACCUAAUGGUGAUUUUGCAGUCCCGACAAUGGAGGAGCUUGGCUUCCCAACAGCAACAUCAUCGCAUCGAGGUGGAGAGAGCAUUGCUUUGAAGAUGCUAGACAAGAUAAUCGCCGAUGAGAAGUACACCGCAACAUUUGAGAAACCUAACACCGCACCCACAGCAUUCGAACCACAAGCCACCACUCUCCUCUCACCCCAUCUCCACUUUGGCAGCCUCAGCGUGCACGAGUUCUACUGGCGAGUCCAAGACGUCGUAGACAACUACUCCGGCAAAGCAUCACAGCCUCCCGUCUCCCUGACAGGCCAGCUCCUAUUCCGAGACAUGUAUUUCGGAGCUCAAGCAGCACUGGGCUAUUCCUUCUGCCAAACGCUAUACAACUCGCACUGCCGCUUCAUACCCUGGCAUCUCCCCAGCAAAGUCGACCACACAACCAGGCUCGUAACAGGAGAAUACCACAUCGACUCGGCACAGGCAGAAGAAUGGUUCCAACGCUGGAAAUAUGGACUUACAGGCUUCCCUUGGAUCGAUGCUCUGAUGCGACAACUUCGUCGAGAAGGCUGGAUUCACCAUCUUGGCCGGCACGCUGUCGCCUGUUUCCUCACCAGGGGCGGAUGCUACAUCUCCUGGGAGCGCGGGGCAGAAGUAUUUGAAGAGUGGCUCAUUGACCACGAAACUGCUUGUAACGCAGGGAACUGGCAGUGGCUGUCCUGCACUGCUUUCUUCGCACAGUUUUACAGGUGUUAUAGCCCAAUUGCGUUCCCGAAGAAGUGGGAUAAAGAUGGCAAGUUUGUGAAGAGGUAUGUGCCUGAGUUGAAGGAUUUGGAUGCGAAGUAUAUUUAUGAACCGUGGAAGGCGCCGAUUGCGGAUCAGAAGAAGGCUGGUGUGAGGAUACAGGGUGAGGGGAAGGAGGAACAGGAGGGUAUAUACCCGAAGCCGAUGUUUGACUUCAAUGAGAGGAGGGACGCCUGUAUAGAUGGGAUGAAGAAGGCGUAUAAAGUUGGGCUGUAUGGCGAUGACCCGAAGGUCAUUGAUGGGACGUGGAGGAAGCUGUUUGAUGAUGCUGGUGAGGGACGGACGAAAGGGAAUACUUUUGGCGGUGCAAUGGAAGAAGAGGUCGGUGAAGAGAAGGCAGUACAAGUUGAUGAUGGGAAUGGUGAGGAAAAUAAUGGCGCGCCUGAAGAAGAUGAGAGUGGUGGAAAGGAAGAAGGCAAUGAAAAUAAAGGGGGCGACAGAAAAGGGGCAAAGCGUAAGCGAGGGCAGAGAACUCCGGAUUCACACGUCAAGAGAUCCAAGAAGUAGCCAGGCCUCAAGGCAAUGAAUGAUACGCUCAAAAUGAGUAUCCCUUGCCUGUGAAAGACAUGACCAUGCUCUGAAAGUACCUGAUCGGGCCGAGACAUUGAAGCUCAUUGACACUUGUCGGAUCUCAGACGCGAAUAAUUCAAGCAUCACCUUUCGCAGAUAUUCGUAGACAGAAGUAGCAGCCUAGAAAUUGUACGAAAUGGACGGCACACAUUGAGCACCUCGAAUGGUCAAUCCCAAAUUACCACGAGAUACACUUCUAUGCGCCCCACCGGCGCUCCUGAUUUUACAACCGUUGCCAAUCUAAACCAGAUCCAAGAACACCAAAUGCAAAUGCCCCCAGCAGAACCUCAUCAGUCAUCCCACUCCUCAUCAAGUUGAUCAAUGAGUCGAUUCUCAUCCUCAUUUCUAUGCCUUCCUCUCCGAUUCGAAUUGCCGUUUGCCGAGAUAGAGAGAGCGCUGUAGCCUCUCCUACUUGGGAGGAAAUG